GGGAUAGUGCAUUAGUUUUCAACAAACAGAUUUCAUGUUGCACAUUCAUCCUGAAACUGUUGACCUGCACUGCAGGCCUAUUCACUUUAAAUGGAUGUAUCUCAUUAUUUUAGGGCUUUAAGAUUACAGCAAGACUAAUGCAAGCGACACUGAGGAGAAUGAAGAAGCUCUGCUGAAAACACAGACAUACUGCUUGAUCAGUCAUCAUUAAAUCAAAACAUUUGUAAAUAACAGGAUGCAUGAAUAAAAUAAAUACAGAACAUAAAAUAUUACUUUCGUUUACUUGACAUUUGCGUGUUAAACUUUUUAAUGAGUUUUCUCCUCACCUUCACAUAGAAUUACAUUUUGGCCAAGUAGCUCCCUGACUGUAUAGAACCGCAACACUCACCCACUCACACACACACACACACACACACACACACACUCACUCACUCACGCACACACGCACACACGCGCGCGCGCACAGAGGGGACAUCAGAGGGUCUUGUUUUCUCUGUGGAGGUUCUCCUGUCCAUAACCCGUGAAGACUUCAUGAAGCUCGUCGCCACAGCAUGUGUCCCGGAACCCGCACCGAUCCUGCUGCUGCUGGCGCAUGUGGUGUCCUCGAUGCCCUCGGGCUGCCCGGAGCGCUGUGUGUGUGAUGACCAGCACGUCGUCCAGUGUGCUGAACAAGAUCUCCGCAGAUUCCCAACGGGACUCCCGCUGACCACGCGCCAGCUGAUCCUGUCCAACAACCGCAUCUCUGAUUUACCCGCGAUCGAGCUCAACUACCUGUCCGACCUCGCGUAUCUGGACUGCAGCAACAAUUCCCUCGCGCACAUAUCCCAGUCCACAUUUGGGAACCUGAGAAAGCUGGCGUAUCUGGACCUGUCCUUCAACUCCUUCUGUAAGAUCGAGGAGCAGACGUUCAGCGCGCUGGAGAGCCUGGUGAUGCUGAGACUGACGGAUAACCCCGGGCUCUCAGAGUUUCACCCUCAGGCUUUCUCUCACGCCAGUGCUCUUCAGGUGCUGGACAUCAGCAGGAACAACCUGAGCAGACUCAACGUGAGCUCGCUGGUGUCUCUGGCGGGGCUCCGGUCUCUCGGGCUCAGCGGGAACCCGUGGCUGUGCGCCUGCGACGCCGAGGAGCUCUGCUCGUGGAUGCACGCGGACACCUUUAAGUUUCAAGAGGAGGGACAGACAGUGUGUGGGGGUCCCUCAUCUUUACAGGGCCAGCGUCUCUCACAGUUGGGCCUUUGGUUGAGAAGACAAUGCCACCCAGGACUGGCUCACCAGGAUUACCUCUUCUUUGUGGCUAUAGGUUUUGUCAUCUUUGGAGUAGGUACAGUACUGGCAUGGGCAGCUGGCACGGUGAUAGUGCUCUGCCAGCGCUGUGUCAGAUGGAGGAAGGACAGACCAAAUGUUUCCAUGCCUGAGGAGGAAAUUAAACCAGGACAAAGUGGGUAAGGGGCAUAAACCUGAGUCCAAUCCUAUAAGGAGUACUGACAGGGAACUGCAUCAGAAAGUGAAGUGACAAUCUUUUUGACUGAGUUAAAAAAAAAAGAAUAAAAAAUGACAGCUGACACAGGCUGCAUCCGAGGACAGCACAAGGAGGAAGAAAGCGAACAAGUCACAUCCUCUCUGUAUUGACAUUCAUCAGAUCGAUUUCUGAAGACAACAUAGAUGUAUCCUUUAUCUCCUAUGGUAUCCCAUAAUCCUGUGCAUUUCAUACUGGGACCAUUGAGUUAAAAAAUUAAAUAACGUUUGGAAGCUGUGAUUGGUGGUCAGUUUGUAAGUAAAUGUUUUUGAUUUCAUUUCUAGCAAGCAAUUAGUAUUUUAGUAAUUAAAUAUUUCCUUAGAUAUCAUGAGUUUCCUGUGGAUCAUUAAAGUCCUUGUGAAAUUAGAUUACGGCGGUACUUUCAUGCAUCUGUUUUGUCUGAUAGGACACCAAGGCAACAAGACACAACAAGCACAGAGUGGUUUCAAAGGGUUUGGUGGAUUAUUGGUUGUUUGUUGAUACGCAUAAAAACAUUCUGGGUACGAUUUCUUUAGUAGGGGUGUAAAAACACAUUAGUGCUUCUGAUCAUGUAAAUUCAAUGCACUGAUAAAAAAAAAGAAAGGCAAAGUUCACUCAAAUGCAAGUGCUCUAAUUAUUUACUCAUCGUCAUGUUACACAGCCAUAUUUCCAAGCGGCUCUCUUCCAUUCAGUAGAAAUGAAUGGAGACAUUCUGUUGAAACACAAGAUCCCAAGUAGAUGGGGAUAAAAGUAAUUUGGUCUUAAUGGGAUACUCUCAUCAUUUACUCACCCUCUUUCCAUCCCAGAUGUAUUACCUUCUUUUCUCCUUGAAUGUUUUUGAAAAAAUAGUUCAUAUAAUACAAAUGGAUGGGUCUCUCAAAGCUGAAGCUUCAAAAACCUCACAAAGUGAACAUGACUGAACUCCAUAAAACCCCAAAUGCUGAAUCAAUGUCUACUGACAAAAAACGAUAGGUAUGUGUGAGAUAAAUACUAAUAUUUGAAAAAAUAUUUAACUUUGUAAACUACGCUCAACAGAAAAAGGUACAAAAGAGCUGUCACUGUACUUCUCAAACUCUCGAGGCACAAGCAACUGUUUAUUCUCAUGAAAAAUGACCAGUUUUUGGUUAUUUAUAUGUACUGUUUAGCAGAGCUUACAUGCUGGGAUUGUCUCCAACAUCCCAACGAUCCCACAGAGGACAACCAGUUUAGAGAAUGGAUGGAUGUUUGAGAUCCGAGGGUAAAUUGCCGUUUUGAGACACUAAGUAUACUGAGGGACAUUUCAGAAAAUAAGAUGAACUUACCGCCACACCUUGCUUACUGGAAGAGUUAGUUCAAUCCACCUUCUCUUGGCAACCCAGACUACCCAAUCCAAAUAACUUGCGCAAUACAGACUUAAAGGAAUAGUUCACCCAAAAAUGAAAAGUAAGAAGUACCCCUAAAGUAAUAAAUAUCUUAUUUUGUGUUCCGGAGAUGAACAAAGGUCUUACUGUUUUGCAAUGACUGGAGGGUGAGUAAUACAUGACAGAAUAUUCAUUUUUGGGUGAACUAUCCCUUUAAGGCUGGAAUAGAGUACAUGAGUUUUAAAAUCUGAAGGGAUUUUAAAAUGCUUGGCAUCAUACAUUUACCGAAAAGCCACAAAUGGAAAACUGGUCAUUAUACGCUUCCAGACUUUCAAGUUGUUUCGAUCACAACAAACUCACGCAGAAACAUGUGCACUGUUGCUAGAAGCAGCAUGACAAAUGAAAACUGAAUUUCAAAUCAGCUGUAAUUAACAAAUGUUUGAUAUCCUCUGGCUGGAUGGAUUCAGCUAAAAAAACUGAUUCUGUGAGCAUCAUAUACAAUGUGAUUUACUGUAAAUUGAUGGAAAAUAUGGGCAAAAAUUGUGUAAUGUAUUCCAGGCUUAAGUUGAAA